CUCCAGCGGACGCAUACAAUGAUCACAAGCGGCAUAGCCAUAGGCAGCAUUCCAUGAAAACUGAUGGGACACAAAAGGCUCUUCCUCGAAUAUAAUCUCGCCGGCUAUGAAAUCCUUGGUGGCCACCAUGGCCCGUCCCUGCGGAAACAACAACUCUUUAAUAAAUUGUGAUUGCUGCCAUGGUCCCGGCUACGCCACACCCUUGGACGCCAUGAAAAAUGGGCCUAGAGAGACAUUACUUUAUGUGGUGACCGUUCAACCCAAUCUGGAGGAGCCGCAUGGCGACUACCUUUCCACAGUGGACGUGAAUCCCGAGAGUCCCUCGUACAGUCAGGUUAUACAUCGCACGUACACGAAUCGCACGCGUCAGGAACUUCAUCAUUCUGGCUGGAAUGCGUGCUCCAGUUGCUAUCGAGUGGACAAGCAGGCCAAGCGGAUACCCAAACGUGACAAAUUGGUAUUGCCCGCCCUCAAUGCCGAUGCGAUUUACGUGCUGGAUGUGGCCACCGAUCCACGCAAGCCUGAGAUCCUCAAACGCAUCGAUGGCGCUGUCCUGAAGCAGCACAAUGUAACGGCUCCCCAUACGACGCAUUGCUUGGCUAACGGACAGGUUAUGAUAUCCGUUAUGGGCGACGCGGAGGGCAAUGCCAAAGGGGAUUUCAUAUUAUUCGAUUCGGAGAGUUUUGAAUGCCUCGGAACGUGGACACAGGGGAAAAAGUUGGCAGCUUUCGGCUAUGAUUUCUGGUACCAACCGUACUUUGACAUUAUGGUGUCCUCCGAAUGGGGUGCACCUGCUAAGUUCCGGCAGGGUUGGAGUUCCAAGGAUAUGAGCUACUAUGGCACCCAUUUGAAUUUCUACAAGUGGUCGACGCGCACCCUUCAGCAGACCAUCGAUUUGGGGGACGAGGGCAUCACACCGCUGGAGGUACGAUUCAUGCACGAUCCAAAGCGAGCCGAGGGCUUCGUGGGCUGUGCUCUGUGGGCCAAAGUCUUCUACUUUAGAAAGCGCGAAGAGUCCGACGAAUAUGUGAGCUCAAAGGUUAUCGACAUACCCUCAAAACUGGUCGAUUUCGGGGAUGGCAAGCCAGAGCCAAUGGGGGGUUUGAUCUCUGACAUUGUUCUCUCGCUGGAUGAUAAGUAUCUGUUUGUUAAUUGCUGGUUCCACGGCGAUGUGCGUCAAUAUGACGUAAGUGUGCCCUCGGCCCCAAAAUUGGUCGGUCAGGUGUUUCUGGGCGGCAGUAUUUGCAGCGAUGUGCAGCGUUUGAAGGUGCUGGAGGACAAGGAGCUGCUGGAGAGGCCGCCACCGUGCUAUCUGAAGGGACGUCGUAUUCAGGGUGGGCCACAAAUGAUGCAAUUGUCCCUGGAUAGCAAACGCUUGUAUGUCUCUUCAUCGCUCUUCUCGCCCUGGGAUAAGCAGUUCUACCCAGACAUGGUUAAGCAAGGCGGCCAAAUAUGCCUCAUUAAUGUAAAUAUCGAAGGUGGAUUGCAACUAAAUGAGAACUUCCUAGUGGACUUUGGUCAAGAGCCCAACGGCCCUGCAUUGCCGCAUGAGAUGCGCUAUCCUGGCGGUGAUUGCACCUCCGAUAUUUGGCUGGCUGAUCAGUGAAUAUGCAAAGGUGGGCUAACAAUACCCCCUCCUUAUUAUUAUUAUUUUUUUAAUUUCCAACGAGCUCAAUUUGAGUGAGAUCUGAGUGAUUCCGAUUUUGCAAAAAUAGGCGAACAUAAAUCACCAGCAGGUAAAUAAAUUGACAGCUGGUCGUAUUUUAAAUAUUA